UCUUGCAUGGUUUAAUUUUAAGUCUUGUGUUUAUUUACUUUUAAGAAAAAUGUGAAAGAAAUUCAGGAAAAAUCUAAUUUUAUUUAAUUAUUUCCAAGAAAAAAAAAGAGAACCACAAUGAUAAAUUAGAAUUGGAUAACUGUAACAGCAAUGUCGAAUCAGGUAGCCGCUUUCGUAGCGGGUUUAAAAUCCCGAAAUGUGGAUGUCCAGACGAAAACUGCCAGAGAGCUGUAUCACUAUGCCAAGACGGAACUUCGAGAAGUACCCCAAGAGGAGCUUACACAAUUUCUCGAUGAAUUUAAUCACCAAAUAUUCGAAAUGGUUUCUAGCAAUGAUGUUCACGAAAAAAAAGGCGGUGUGCUUGCUAUAGUGUGUCUUAUUGGAGGUGACUGUGAUACAACAAAAACUAGAAUAACAAGAUUUGCUAACUAUCUUAGGAAUCUACUUCCAUCAUCAGAUGCAGGUGUAAUGGAAUUAGCUGCAAAAACAGUUGGGCGAUUGGCUACAGUGUCAGGAGUGAAAAGGGCUGAAUAUGUCGAAUUUGAAGUUAAAAGGGCUUUUGAGUGGCUGUCAGAAGAAAGGAAUGAGGGUAGACGUCAUUCGGCUGUCUUAUUAUUAAAAGAGUUAGCCAUAGCCAUGCCUACAUAUUUUUAUCAGCAAGUAUCAGGAUUUUUUGAUCAUAUCCUUGUUGCCUUAAAAGAUCCUAAACAGCAAAUACGAGAAGCUGCAGCCAAAGCUUUAAGAGCUGGUUUAGUGGUCACAGCACAGAGGGAAACUGCAAAACAGUCAACUGCAAGGCCUCAGUGGUACAUGCAGUGCUGUGAAGAAGCAAUGUUAAGCUUUGAAGAAGUUACUAUUAAAGAAAAGGGGUCAACAAAAGAAGACAGAGUUCAGGGAGGCCUUUUAAUUCUUAAUGAACUCUUAAGGUGUUCAAAUGCCAUAUGGGAGACAAAGUAUACACAUUUAAUGAGAAGUAUAGAUACACAAAAGGACAUAAUAGUAUCAGAUGACAUUAUUUUUAUAAGUAGUAAGCUUCACAGCCCAUCAGUCAAGAGAGGGUACCUAUGUGAUGGUUUUAAAACUGAAAAUGUACAGUACCCAGUUCCUAUUUAUGAAUCUGAAGUGUGUAAAAAGCUUCUGUCUGAAAAAAUUGAAAGGAUAUUUCAUGAUGUAAUGGCCCAAAGACACUUAAAACUCCAAGGUGUACCACAAAUUCUGCUGAUUAUAAUUCCUCGAUUGGCUGCAUUCAAUAAAGAGUUGUUUUUAAGAAAGUAUCUUAAUUCUACAAUGCAUUACUUACUGACCUCAAUCAGAAGCCGGAAUAUGGCAUUUACAACUUUGGGAUUAAUGGCCGCAGCUCUGGAAGGUGAUAUUAGAAACUUUAUUCCUAGAAUUAUGGAAGUUAUUAAACAAGCCCUACCAGUUAGAGACACCUUGACAAAGAAAAAAGGUUCGAUAGAUUCCUCUAUUUUUGCUUGCAUAACACUUUUAAGUAGUGCAGUCAAGGAUCUUGUCAUAACUGAUAUCAAAGAGUUACUGGAUGCGCUUUUUGCAACUGGUUUAAGCCCCUCAUUGACUAUCUGUUUAAAGGAAUUAAGUGAGAACUUACCGUCUCUUAGAGAAGAAAUAUCUCAAGGUCUUUUAAAUAUGCUCUCUUUAGUGUUAAGGAAUAAACAAUUUUUACACCCUGGAGUGCCAAGAAGCUUAGAGCAACAGAUGAGCAAUAGUGUGAGUCUUGUAAUAGAGCCACAGGAUCCGGCUAGUAUAGUCUUAGCAUUGAGAACUCUUGGCACUUUUAAUUUUGAAGGGCACCACAGCCUCUUGAUGUUUGUGAAAAGGUGCGCUGAUCAUUUCUUGCAGAGUGAUCAGCAAGAAAUUAGAGUGGAAGCUGUCAAAACAUCAGCUAAGCUUUUGGCCGAUGCUGCAUAUAGAACGAAAGAUGAACCGUCAAAAACCCUGACUAUGCUAACAGCAGAAGUUGUUGGUAAGAUGCUGAUUGUGUCGGUUACUGACCCAGAUUAUGAGGUGAGGUAUUGGGUUCUCGAAUCUCUAACGGACAUUUUUGACACACAUUUAGCACAGAUAGAAAAUCUCAGCUUUCUGUUUAUAGCUAUGAAUGAUGAACAUUUGGAAAUACGGGAAUUAGCUAUUUGUAUGAUUGGAAGAUUGAGUACUGUCAAUCCAGCGUAUGUGAUGCCUGGUUUGAGAAAAACACUUAUACAAUUUCUAACUGAAUUAGAACAUUCUGGAAUGAGUCGCAAUAAGGAACAAGCUGCUAGAAUGUUGGAUAAUCUUAUUCUACAUGCACCCAAGCUUGUGAAACCAUACAUGGAGACAAUUCUCAAUGUGUUAGUUCCAAAGCUUAAAGAACCGGAUGUCAAUCCGGGCGUUGUAAUAAGUGUACUAAAAGCAGUAGGAGAUUUGGCUGAUGUGCACGGUGAUAACUCUGGAUUACGAAAAUGUCUGCCCGAACUUUUGACAAUUCUUCUCGACUUGCUCUCCGACGCAACUGCGACUGAAAAGCGGAGCGUAGCCUUGUGGGCGUUUGGCCAACUCAUCAGUGCAACAGGAUAUGUUGUAACACCUUAUACUGAUUAUCCUAACCUCAUGGACGUGCUUCUAAAUUUCCUUAAGACUGAACAGCAACCGAAGGAUAGGCGUGAAACAAUUAGAGUUUUGGGCCUCCUCGGUGCUUUGGAUCCUUAUAAACACAAAUUGACAAAGUAUAGGAAAGAUGGCCAACCAAAUUCAAGUUUGGUACCUGUUGCUGACAGCAAAGCAGAGGAAAAUAACUUUGACGUGUCGUCAAGUGAAAUGCUGGUAUUGAUGCCGACAGCCGUAUUAGAUGAAUACUAUCCUGCAAUAGUAAUCUCAACUUUAAUGCGCAUUUUACGUGACCCAACCCUUCAACAACACCAUACAAGUGUAGUUCAGGCAGUGACCUUCAUUUUCCAAUCGCUCGGUAUUAAAUGUGUUCCAUAUAUAUCCCGAGUUACUCCAAGUCUGUUGUACGUUGCCCGCGCAACAGAUAGUAACAGCUUUCGUGAGUUUCUCUUUACCCAGUUGGCGAAAUUGAUUGCGAUAGUAAAGCAGCAUAUUCGGAAUUAUUUGGAUAAAAUCUUUGAGCUGAUCAAAGAAUUCUGGACACCCAACAGCCCUCUUCAACCGACCCUGAUAUUACUUGUAGAACACAUUGCAAUCGCCCUUGGAUCAGAGUUUAAGGUUUAUCUACCUCAAUUGAUGCCGCAAAUUCUUCGCGUUUUAGCGCACGAUACUAGUAAAGAAAGAGUCGUAACGGAGAAGCUGCUAUAUGCUCUACAAAAAUUUGAAGACAAUCUUGAUGAUUACAUGCAUUUGGUCAUUCCAUCGAUCGUGAAACUUUUUGAUGCAACGGACUGCCCUAUCCCUGUGGCGAAAGUCGCAAUGGAGACGGUUGAUUAUCUAUCUGAUUCAUUGAACUAUAGCGAACUGGUCUCCAGAAUAAUCCAUCCCAUAGUUCGAAGUUUGGAUAGCUGUUAUGCCCUGAGAACUACAGCGAUGGAUACAUUAUGUGCACUUAUAGUUCAACUCGGUCGUAAAUACAAUGACUUCAUACCCCUCGUGCAAAAAGUCGUAGUUAAACACAGGAUUCAGCAUCAAAAUUAUGAAAAUUUGUUACUGAAUUUGCAAACAACGCAAUCUUUGGCGUUAGAUGAAUAUCUUCAGGGUACCAGGCGAAAACCAAAGAAUAAUAAUCAAGAGGCACGCAUAGCGGUUUGUGAUACAUCGAAUACCAUUCGGAAGUUGUAUGUAAAUGCUCACAGUUUGCAAAUUGCCUGGACUGUCAGUAGUCGAGUGUCAAAAGACGAUUGGCUGGAGUGGCUUCGGCGGUUCAGUAUUGGACUUUUAACAGAAUCCCACAGCCCAGCUCUGAGAGCCUGUCUAGCGUUGGCACAUAACUACUCCCAAUUACUACGAGAUCUAUUUAAUGCGGCCUUUGUGUCGUGUUGGACAGAACUAGAUAGCCGAUCGCGGACUGAAUUAUCAAAUGCUCUGGAACAGGCUCUGACCGCACCAGAUGCGCCUGAACUAGCCCAUACUGUCCUUAAUUUGGCAGAAUUUAUGGAGCACUGUGAAGGUGGGGCUCUUCCGAUAUCGACACACCUUUUGGGUGAAUGGGCUAUGCAUUGUAGAGCAUAUGCAAAGGCUCUGCAUUAUAAAGAAGAAGAGUUUAGAACAGGUGCAACAUCUCAAGUAGUAGAAGCUUUGAUUCAUAUAAACAAUAAACUACAGCAAAAAGAAGCAGCGGAAGGCCUACUUGAAAGAGUAAUGACCCAGAGAGAGGCAGGAAACACCAGUUUAAAGGUGCAAAUCCGUUGGUACGAGAAAUUGCACAACUGGGAAAAGGCACUCAAUCUCUAUGAAGAAAAGUUACCAGAAGGCGAUAUAGAAGUCUGUCUUGGAGAGCUUCGCUGUUUCGAGGCAUUAGGCGAGUGGACAAAGCUGUAUACCAGCGUGUCCAGCAGUUGGACUAAUAUGACCGACGAUGAAAAGUUCAAAGCCGCAAGAUUGGCGGCCGCAGCUUCAUGGGGUCUCAACGAAUGGGAUUCCAUGUCUAACUACGUCAAUUUUUUGCCAGAAAACACGCAGGACGGCGCUUUCUACAGGGCUGUUCUGAACAUACAUAACCAGGAUUAUACUACGUCGAAGUUAUGCAUCGAUCAAGCGCGAACGAUACUAGAUUCUGAAUUAACAGCUGUAGCCGGUGAGAGCUACCAAAGAGCAUACGGCGCUUUAGUUAGUGCCCAGCUCUUGGCUGAACUAGAAGAAGUUAUUACAUACAAACUUGUCCCAGAACGUAGAGAGUCUAUACGACAAGCUUGGUGGACCAGGCUUCAAGGGGGGCAGAGGUUAGUCGAGGAUUGGCGCAAAAUACUCCAAGUGCGCGGUUUGGUAUUAACGCCACAGGAAGAUAUGGCCACGUGGCUCAAAUUCGCCUCAUUAUGCAGAAAAAGUGGAGCACCUCGACAAGCUCAUAAGACUCUUGUGAUGCUGCUGGGUAUAGAUCCAAGUGAGAAUAGAGAUAUGCCACUUCCAACUCACGAACCGAGGCUAACGCUAGCGUAUGCCAAGCAUUUGUGGGUGGCUGGAGACAAGCAAUUGGCGUACGAUCAGCUACAGCGAUAUGUGGAGAAUGUUGACACGGUACACUCCAGGCUACUCGCUAGAUGCCACUUGAAAUUAGGCGCCUGGUGUGAAUCUUUACUCGGUAUAAACGAGCAGUCUAUCAAAAAAAUCUUGGAUAACUAUGAAAAAGCCACCGAACAUGCCACAGAUUGGUAUAAGGCGUGGCACGCCUGGGCCUACAUGAACUUCGAGACGGUGUUGUUUUAUAAACACAAAGAAGAUAACCCAGACGCAAGCGAGGUCAACCCUGAUGAAACAAUACAAAGGCAUACCGUUCCAGCUGUAGAAGGGUUCUUCAAAUCAAUAAAUUUGUCUCAUGGAAGCUCGCUCCAAGAUACGCUUAGACUAUUGACUCUUUGGUUUGACUACGGUCACCAUCCUGCCGUACACGAAGCGCUGGUCGAAGGGAUCAGAACGAUCGAAAUCAAUGUCUGGCUGCAAGUUAUACCGCAACUAAUUGCAAGAAUCGACACUCCUAGGCCGUUAGUAGGGAAACUGAUUCAUUCCCUCCUAAUAGACAUAGGAAAAUCCCAUCCUCAAGCCCUGGUUUAUCCUCUGACUGUAGCUUCAAAGUCGUCAUUUGUUGACCGCAAAAAUGCCGCUAAUCAAGUUUUGAAAUCGAUGUGCACACACUCAAGUAACUUGGUCAGCCAGGCCGCUAUGAUAUCCGAGGAACUCAUUAGAGUUGCCAUCCUGUGGCAUGAACAAUGGCACGAGGCUUUAGAGGAGGCUUCGAGGCUGUACUUCAGCGAGCAUGACGUGAAAGCUAUGUUUAAGACCUUGGAGCCAUUGCAUGCGAUGCUGGAGCGCGGGCCAAAGACGUUAAAGGAAAUAUCGUUUAGCCAAGCUUACGGCAAAGAUCUUAAUGAGGCACAGGUGUGGUGCAAUCGAUUUAAGGAAUCCGGUCAAGUUCGUGACCUGAACCAAGCAUGGGACCUCUACUAUCACGUCUUCCGCCGCAUCAGCCGGCAAUUGCCGCAACUGACGUCAUUAGAGCUGCAAUAUGUCAGUCCGAGCCUUUUGAGCUGUCGUGACUUGGAGCUGGCAGUACCGGGGUCAUAUGUGCCUGACCACGAUCUUAUACGCAUUGCGCAUAUACAGAGCAGUUUGCAGGUAAUAACAUCGAAGCAGCGGCCGCGCCGGCUCUGCAUUCGCGGCUCGAACGGAAAAGACUACAUGUUCCUAUUAAAAGGCCACGAAGAUCUGCGCCAAGAUGAAAGAGUGAUGCAACUCUUUGGCCUCGUCAAUACUCUGCUUCAGGCCGACCCUGAUACCUUCAGACGAGACCUGGCCAUACAAAGAUACGCUGUUAUUCCCCUGUCAACUAAUUCUGGAUUAAUAGGAUGGGUACCGCACUGCGAUACCUUGCAUUCACUGAUAAGAGAUUAUAGGGAAAAGAGGAAAAUACUUCUCAACAUUGAACACAGGAUCAUGCAGAGGAUGGCAUCGGAUUUGGAGAAGCUGAUGUUGAUGCAAAAGGUGGAAGUAUUCGAGCAUGCCCUUGAACACACAGCUGGAGACGACCUUGCGAAAUUACUUUGGCUUAAAAGUCCAUCAUCAGAGGUCUGGUUCGAGCGUCGAACGAACUACACGCGUUCUCUUGCUGUGAUGAGUAUGGUGGGGUAUAUCCUGGGGUUGGGAGACAGACAUCCAUCUAAUAUUAUGUUAGAUAGAAAAACGGGGAAAUUCCUACAUAUAGACUUUGGGGAUUGCUUCGAAGUGGCGGUUACGAGAGACAAAUUCCCGGAGAAGAUACCGUUCAGAUUGACCAGGAUGCUGAUUAAUGCUAUGGAGGUAACAGGAAUCGAAGGAACAUACAGGCGGACAUGCGAAUCAGUGAUGGAGGUAUUACACCGACACAAGGACAGUGUUAUGGCGGUACUAGAAGCGUUCGUCUACGACCCCCUGCUGAAUUGGAGGCUCAUAGACGCGGGCAGAAGAUCUAGAACCGACGUGGAAUCUGGUGAUGGCUCACCACAACCGAAUAGAAGCAAAGUGACCGUGGACGAUCAGCCAUCUGAAACAAACCUUAAUAAGCGAGCGCUGGCUAUUGUGAACCGCGUCAGGGAUAAAUUGACGGGAAGAGAUUUUCCUCAUAUAGAUGAUAAUAGUGUAUCGGUACAACUGCAAGUGGAUCUGUUGAUUCAGCAGGCGACGAGCAAUGAGAAUCUUUGUCAGUGUUAUGUCGGCUGGUGCCCGUUCUGGUAAGGUCCAGCGAAGACACGAUGAAAGAGAUUUUUCUGUGUCAAAUGUCAACGUCAACGUCAACGUGUUUUUGUUUUUUUCUUUGGUGGUCUUAAUUAAUUUUAACUAUUUAUGUAUAUGCAGAGUGAUGUUUUGCUAAGGUUUUUUUUUUUAUAUAACCAUAGGGAAUAUUUUUAUAUUGAAAGAGAAGUGUUUGCCUAUUGGCGUCAGCGUGCGUCUCUCGUCCCUGAGGUCGUUAGUUCGAUUCCCGGCUGUGCACCAUUGGGCAUUGCCUUAGAUCCAAAAAUUCUCACAGGAGACUGAUCACAUACCUUCCUAUUAGAUUGACAAAUGAUCAUAAAACAGAUAAAUCUGAGGCCCAAACUUAACAAAGUUGUAGCGCAACAGAUUUUUUUUUUUAAUAUUGUUUAUAUUAGGUUGUUGGUUGAGAGUUGGGACUUAGCGCUCAAAAUUACUAUAAAAAGUCAAGUUUAGAUCGUAAGCAACUGAAAGGUAAGUUGAUAAAUCUCAACCAACGCCUAGCAUUUUCCAUUAUAAAUAUACUUACUAACUUCCUCUAUAUAUAUCUGCAGCUGUUAUUUUGACGAUAAUUUUGGAUGUGUUUAGACGUUGAUAUAUUUCGAGCACUGAAGUAAAUGUAUGACAUCGGGUCGAACAAAUUGGUGGCACUGUAUCAAUUUGAUGAUUUAACAUAAUUUGUGAUAUUUGUGGUGGUAUGCGCCGUGAUGUAAAUAAGAUCAAAGAUCAUAUUUGUGCCGAUUAACAAAACACUUUUCAAAUUUAAUAUUUACAUUUUUUUCUUAUUUUAGCCUAAUAUUGUUUGUAGUAAAAACAAAUUAAAUAUAUAGAUACAUUGUUUGUUACGCAGGGAAUUAUAAAAACAAUGCUUAUUAAGGGAAAACAGUAAAUAAUUCAGUAACCAGUGAUUUGUAACAUUUAAACCAAAAAGUGUAUGUAAAAAUUUAAUUGUAUUUGAAAUAUGUCGAGCUCAAUAAAGCGAAGUUAUCUUUUUAAAUAAUACCUAAUCAAAAUGUAAAUACCAAAAAAAACUACGUAUUUUAAUUGUACACGAGUACGUGGAGAUAUUCAUGCUGGCAAUUUCUGUAAAUCACUCGAAAUAUCAUUCGAACGAAAUGCAAAUGUAAACUAAGAAAUUUUUUAAUGUAAAUCACGUGUUACGUAGUUUUAUUUCAAUAUAUGAUUUAUGAAAGGGUACACUCCAGGGAACAAGGCCGAGUAGAUAUUUCAAAUUACUGCUUUAAACAAAAUUAUUGUCUACCCGCUUCUUCAAUACUUCCUCACAUCUUUGGUGAGGAACCUCAAUAACUUCAUAGUUGGUGUCAUAGAUAAAACCCGAAACAUUGGCGAGUUAUGCAGGUACGAUUUCGUACGAGGCACAUGGAACAACUUUGUGUAUCUUGUCCCAUAAGGAGGAGGGGUUUUAAGAGAAAUUAACGACAGCAAAUAGGGGCUAAUUAUCCCAUCAAGAAUUGCGUGUAAUCAUAGGAAUGGCAAAACGUUCCGCCAUAUAUAAGUGAAAGUGUAACAGCGCGUCUGACUAAAUAAUCUGUAAUAAAUAUUAUGUAGGUAACUUGUAAAAAUAAUUAAUUCUUUUUAAUCAUUUACUAGCAGAUUUAGAAUUGUAAAUGAUAAUACUGGCCCAGUACAAAAUUUGUGAAACCCUUCCCAAUGUUUAUAUUUAUUUCGUAUAGAAGUGAGAAUUAGAUUUAGUUAAUUGUAACUAUAGGAUUCCUAAGUUAUAAAGAGUAUAUUUUGAACAAUAGAAAAUUUAAUCUUCGCGGUUUCACUUCACAAGUUUUGUAAUGAAAAAUGAUAAUUGGAAAUUUCGUAAAUUAAAAUGUUUACCUAGAUGAGACGGAAUAUUCGUGUCAGCCUAGGCCCUAUGGCUAAAAAGAGAACCCAAUACCAGACCAUGGCGCCCUCAUUCUGCACCAAACUUCAUCAUGUGUCCAACUAGUGGGAAGCCGUCCAAAGCUCCGCCGACUGGUUCUCGUUCCAGGUUUUCUCAUCGAUCAUCGGCUCCGGCAAUUGGCUCUAUUGGCUACGUCUGUGACAAUGAUUCUUCUACGGAUCUCCUCAUUUCUGAUUCGAUAGCGUAGGGAAACAGAAAGCCUCUCAUAGCGGUGCAAGUGAAGCGGAGUUAAAAGAUCGAGUCUCGAAACAUCGCCGAGACAAUAUACUAGCCGAUAAGCUGAGCUUUUUCUGAACGCUAAAUAUACUCAAAGUAGUUCUCGUUUAAAAUAUUAUAAAUUGUGUAAAUAACAAAAAAUAGUACAAACGCCAACUUUGCUAGAUGCUCCACAUUGUAUAUAAACAAUAAUAUGGUUCCAGUGCCUUUAGCGCCACAUUUAAAAUAGUCAAUACGAUAAUGUUCAAUCGAAUAGAUUGGAAUAGUUAUACGUAUUUUCUUGCUUCCGUGUUAGUUCGAAAACGCUCAUUGAGCGUAUUACAAAAAUUUAUUGUUACUUAGCUGUAAGGGUUGCUUUUUAUUAUACGUAUUCUAAGGGUGUAAUUUGUCAAUAAGUUAAUAAAUUUAAGCCAUAUUUAUGUAAGGAUUGCUUAGUUAAUAUUAUUGUACCUUGUGUACUCAGAAUAAAUUUAACGUUGG